UCCCCGCUGUUGCCAGAUACAUACUUUUAAAUGACCCCGCAUGUGCCUCGUUUAGAGGCACCACAGUCAAUCAAAUACACUUUAGAUAUUUAAUUCACUUGCUGUUUUUUUUCUGUCAACAAGGUAUACAUUUGCAUGUGAAAUCGUAGUAUUUUUUGCAAGUAGAAAAAUCUGUUGGCAGGCAAAAUAGAAAGACACCUCAUUCUAUUUCACGGGGGUCUUUCGUUUAGCGCCAGAUUUCAGUAGUUUUGAAGAAAGGAAGACCGACACAAAGAUCAGCGUUUUAGUCUUGAUCUUCAAAUGACAAGAAAUGGAUGGUGAGGAUGACCUGGACAUUCUAACAGCGCUUCUGGCUGAGAAUGAGGUUGAACAGGAGCAGCAAGCUAAAUGGGAAGUUGAAGACAACUUGGAUGACCUUUUUGAUAAGGAGGAUGAUGAAGUCUACAGGGAAGCGCUGGAGGAAACGGGGGAGCAAGACGGGGGGGGUGGGGGAGAAAGGAGCUUCUGCUCUUUUUGGAGAUAUCGAUGGUACUGAGGAGGAAGAAGCUAAUACCCAGCUGCCUCUAGUAAAAUCGCCCACCAACCUAAAUACAUCUCAAGAGGAUUUACAAGAGGAGCUGAGGCGUAUGCAGGAGCAGAUGCGGAGGCUCCAACAGCAGUUGGAGGCCACCCAGAAGGCCUCAGCAGCCCACUCCUCACCAGACAGUACCCCAGAAACCAAGACAAGCUCCAAACCAAAACCUUUGUCGCAGGCCACCUCUACACAGAGCUCCUCCAAGCCAGUUCCUCCUACACGGAAGACCAAGUCCUCAGCAGUGGGAAAGCCUUCGGCUGGCCAAGACACGUGUGGCCUGGCCAAGCUACAGUCAUCUUCCGACUUCACCGCCCAGCUGAGCAGCGCCGAUCUGUUCAAACACAAAGGUCAAAGAACAGCUCACCAGGUCAAAGCCUCCAGCUCUACAGGCGCCCCAGAGAAAAGAGGCCCGCUGGUGGAGAUUAGGACUCACAGCUCAUUCCUGCCAGUUGCCAGCAGCGGGAAGACCAACGAUGCUGGACGUUCCUCACCUCCUUCCCAGAGCAAGACCGCCGCUGGCCUAGCCGCCCUUCGAAAAGUGAACCCCCUUCCAUCCCUGCCUAAAGACGUCGCCAUUGAGAAGUACUCUGGACUCCGGCUGAGGCGGCCACGGGUGUCCUCCACGGAGAUGGAUCGUAAGAUGGCCGACCGCAGGCUGAUCCGGCUCUCUCAGUUGCCUGAGCGCCUGUCCAGGGAGAAGCUGGAAGAGAACGACUGGGUCACCUUUGCCGUGCUGGUCAGCAAGGCCACGCCACAGAGCAACAGCAGUGGUAAGACGUUCAGCAUCUGGAAGCUGUCUGACCUCCAUGACCUGGAAGUAUAUGUAUCUCUCUUCCUGUUUGGUGAAGUGCAUAAGGAGCACUGGAAGACUGAGCCUGGUACCGUGAUGGGAAUCCUAAACCCCAACCCCAUGAAGCCUAAAGAUGGAUAUGAUGGGGUCUCCUUGUCUGUGGACCACCCUCAGAAAGUGUUGUUGAUGGGGGAAGCUCAGGACUUUGGCACAUGUAAAGCAGCCAAGAAGAACGGAGAGCCCUGCUCUCAGAUUGUCAACCUGUAUGAGUGCCAGUACUGCCAGUACCAUGUCAAGGCCCAGUAUAAGAAGAUGAGUUCCCAGCGUGCCGAGCUACAGUCAUCUUUCUCUGGGAAGGCCACAGGGAAGGUCAAGGGGAAGACCAACAGCCUGAAGGAACGACUCUGUCAGACAGGUUUCCACUAUGGUGGCCUCUCCUCACCAGCCUGCUCUGCCGCACUGUCUUCAUCUGGCUCCAAGAAGCCCACCCAGACCACCCUGGGGAACCUGUUUGUGAAGGGGGCCAACCAGCUGGCCAGCCAGGCCAGGAGUCUGGCCUCGGUGUCUGACAAUGUGACUGGCUGCUCAGACGACUUCAAGGACCUGCUUUCCUUGCCGACCCCUGGAGCCCUUCAGCUGAAGAAACACCUCACCAAACCCUCAGGCUCGUCCGCUGCAGGGGUCCAGUCUAUCUCGGCCUCGGACCUCCUGAAACAGCAGAAACAGCAGCAGAAGCAGCUAUUGGAGAACCGUCGGCGGAGAGCGGAGGAAAUCCAGCAGAGAGUACUCCAGAACUCAGCUAGGGCGGAGGUCCCCGGGGCCCGUCCUCCAGCCCAGGGGGCCCUACUGUCCCCGAAAGCCGCCUCAGUGGUCCCCAGGGCCUCCCAGAGCCCCGCUUCCCCCAACACCCCCACACUGGGGAGGGGCUUCAACGAGGGGGAGGAUAUUCUGUUUUUUGACGAAACUCCUCCCCCACCCUCAGCAGCACUUAGCCUAUCAGCCGCCAAAUUGGCUGCUCUGAAGAAGCUGAGAAUGAAGGGGUCAGGGCUGACCAGGGAAGACCCCAACUCUGUGAAGAGGAAGAGGAGCAACAGUUCGGCCAUCACCGUCAGGGUGCAGAAGAAUCUGUCCUCACCUAAUGGUGAACAGCCUGCGGUCGAGGAAGAAGAGCCCGCCCAGAAAAAGAGGCGGGAACAAAUGGACUACGUCCAAUCAGAGGAGUUCCAGAAGAUCCUGAAUGCUAAGUCCCGCCAUGGGGCUGAACUUCAGGCGGCGGAGUUCCAGUUGCAGGAGCGCUACUUUGAUCCCCUGGUGAAGAAGGAGGCGAUGGAGGAGAAGAUGAGGAAAAUCAGAGAGCAGAAGUGUCGAGCGGUCACCUGUAAAAAGUGUAAGUACACCUACUUCAAGCCUGCUGAUCGCUGUGUGGAGGAGAAGCAUGAGCUGUGUUGGCACGAUGCCACCAAGCGCUUCUUCAAAUGUCCCUGUGGUCAGAGAGCCAUCGCGCUGGACCGCCUGCCACACAAACACUGCAGUAACUGUGGCUUGUUCAAAUGGGAAAGAGAUGGCAUGCUGAAGGAGAAGUCGGGGCCCAAGAUAGCAGGAGAGUUGCUGCAGCCUCGAGGGGACGAACAGCCCAAGUUUCUCAACAGCAUGAAAUAGUCCUCCCCACUGAUCAUCACCAUCUUAUUCUUUAUCCUAUGCAGCUGUUUAUUUUAAAGUCAUUGGUAGUUGGUUUUUACGAAUGUGCUUAUUAAAUCCAGUGAUUUUC